AUGAAUGAUAAAUUAAUGGAGAACUUAUCGACUGAUCCAACACUUGAAUUAUCUUCGAAAUUCUUUAAAAAAAGGACAAAGUCAAUUGAAUCUGAAUGUAAAAUCUGUGGUUGUUCAGCUCGUUACUCAUAUUUCGGUGUUCUUUCAUGUAUUUCAUGUAAAAUGUUUUUCAAACGAAAUGCUGAACUUGGACAAGUUUGUUUUAAUAUUGAUUUAUCUUAUUUAAUUAAUUUUUGUUCAAAGGAAUCAUUUAAAUGUGACUUUGAUGAACAAUGUCAAAUAAAUAUAAACAAUCGUCAUAUAUGUACUUCAUGUCGAUUAGCUAAAUGUUUUAAAUGUGGAAUGAAAAUGGAAAAUUUUCGAUUGUCUGGUUCGAAAAUAAAAAAUCAAUCAAACAAAAUGAAAACUCUAUCAAUAUCUACAGAUCUCGUCAAAUUAUCCAAAAGAAAUGAAAUUAAAAUGUUGCCAAUAUUAAAUCUAUUGCGAUCUGAUACAUCAUUAAUGACAAAUAGUCAAUGGAAUGUUUUGUCAAAUUUGAUUCAUAGUUAUGAUGAAAGUAAACUUUUAAUCACUUGUCAACGUUUAAUUAACGAAGAUGAAUAUAAUAAAUCUCUCAAACCAAUAAAUGAAGCAUCAAUAACUGAAUUCUUUUCAUUACUAUUCGAAACCAUUGACGUGUGUCUUCGUUCGAAUGGUGAUCUUUGUAGUUUAUCAUCAGAUGAUCGUUCAAUUUUACUUCGUACCGGUUCUGAUUGCUUAAUAUGUUUAGGUGGAGCAUUUAUUUUAUAUCAAUCUCAGUUAGAGAAAUGUAGAUCUUUCUUAGAUGUUAUUAAUAAUAAAUAUGGAAAACAUAGUGUCGCUCUUACUCUUCAUUCAAUUAAAUAUAUGGAUCCAGAUAUUGUUGUUAUGAAAAUGGCACUUUUAUUAUUUGUUUUCUCGAAAAAUCUUUGUUUAUUUUCUUCACAAUUAUCAAAAGAAAAUAUCAAUACAAAUGCAAUAUUCUUAAUUCAAAAUAAAUAUGCUGAAAUAAUAUGGAGAUAUCUUAUAUAUAGAUAUGGUUAUUAUGAUGCUGUUAUCAGAUUUAUGAAUUUAAUUCAAUGUCUUCUUGCUGUUAUUCAAACAAUGUAUCAUCUUCAAACAGUUCAAUCACAUGUUGAAGAUGUUAUAUUACUUGCUGAAAAUACUGAAUUAAAACUGAUUUUAGAUGAUAUUGAUCAAAUUAAUCAAACAUAUAUGAAUUAA